UUUCUGAACUGAAUCUUAUAUCAUGGAUACACAGUAUUUAUAUAUGUAUGAUUUAUAGAUCCCCUUUAAAAAUAGUGGUCUCUUCCAAACGAGGGAACCGUCAACUAUGGCGUCUGGAGUGAAGGCGCUCGAGCACUCCUCUCUCAAGGUCCCAUAUGAGAUCUUGAACAAGAAGUUCCGGGUGGCCCAGAAGACAAUCGACCGGGAAGUGUCUCAUGUGAUGCAGGCAACUUCUGAGCUGGAAAAAUGUCUGGAAGGAAGUUCUGCAACCGUCGGUAAAGUUGUUGGGCUACUAGAUGGAGUGAUUGAAAAACUUACUGGACUUAAAAGAAAGGCAGAGGAAGCCAUUUUAGCCGAGGAUGAUUCAGCCAAAGUAUGCAAGCGCCGAAUCGAACACAUGCUAGGAAAUACUUCUCCCAAGUAGACCCAGAACAGAUGCCAGAGGUGCAGAGAAUCAUGGGACUUCUUGCCUAUCCUCCUGACACACAGGUCCAGCCUUACAAGGAUUUUUAUGAACCCUCUAGAUGGGAUGCCAUGGUGCAACAGUUCCAGUGGGAGAAUUUCAAGAUUCAUCAAAUUAGCAACUACUCUGUCUUCUGUUUAACUCUUCAAGCUGGCCUGUCAUCUCUCAAAACUCCCCAUUGUUACCGUGACCCGGAGAGUAACUACAGAAAUUCUCAGUGUCCUGUGUGCAGUAAGCAGAUGAACGAGCUGGCCAAACCGCUGCCCUUCUCGCACUGCGCCCAGUCCCGCCUCAUCUGUAACAUCUCCGGACAGAUCAUGAACGAGAACAACCCCCCGAUGAUGAUGCCCAAUGGGAACGUUUAUGGGGAAACUGCACUGCUGGCCAUGGCUGCUGAGAAUGGAGGCAAGGUGGUCUGUCCCCGUACCAAGGACACCUACACUAUUGACCAAGUGGAGAAGGUCUUUGUCAUGUAGACUCCAUGUGCACACCUUUGGCAGGACGUCAGGAGAUUUUUCAUGGCCAACUUUGACAUGAACCAGAGCUGUAUUUAAAUUCUAUUGCAGAAAGUUCAGCAUAAAGAGUUCUCAUUAUCUCUGACAUCAUAGAAGGGUGUUUUCAUGAUUUCAAACUUUAUCUAAUACUGCAUUGUUUCAAAUGUGGUUAUUGGAGCUCUUGAUGAAAAAAGGCUUACCCAAGGGGACAAGAUUUUUUUCCCUUCUUUCCAGAUGUUAAGAAGUUAACUUUCUAAAGUUGUAAAGUUUCUUAUUAUACUAAUAACCCACUAUUUUAAGUGGAAAUAUUAAGUGUGACUGAACAUGAUACAGUUCUGCAUGGGGGAGGCCUGCAGUGUCCUUUUCAGUAAACCAAACACAUGUCUUGAACUGCACUCCAGAAGUAGCAUACUGAAAAUAUGUAGAUGCAAACAGACAGACCAUAAACAAUACUUCCCCGUAACUUGGUAGCCUCAUCCAUGUCUUGGACUGUCAUAUCUAGUUUUACCACCUUUGACCUGUACUUCCUUCCACUCUGGAAAUUCUGACCUUUACGGACAUCCUUGCACUCACUACGUGACACUCAUUAACUGUGGGCACACCGACCCAGAUGAAUCACACAAUGUAAACAUACAUACCGUACAAAACACACUCGUACAGAAAACGAACACAAUAUGGACACUUGCACUGAAAACUGCUCCCUCAUUGUUACCACUCAGUUUGAAUUUGUACUAGAUACUAAUUGCCAAGCUGCUUUGGAGCAGUAUGAUAUUUUAUUGCUUCGUGUAAAGUUGCCUUGCAGAAACAGACUGAGCAAAAAUGGCAUUUCUGUCAAUCCAUCCAUAUCCUGUUAAGAAAAAGAUAAGUAUGAAUUAAAGACAUCCACCAUGCUGGCUUCUCCAGUUUAAUACCUUGAAUUCACUGCCCAUUAUUUUAGGAACACACAGUACUUUUGUGCAGAUUUAAUACAACUUGAUGAUUUUAAUAGUCUUUGACUUAUAUGAAAUAUAUGUACACAGUUACAUGUAAGUUUGUUCAACUUGAGUCAGUAUUUAAGACCCAGGAACAAAGUCAGCUGGGGUUGUACCUACCUGACUGAAAUUCAGUAAGAAAAUGAUUAAGGAUGAGAGAGAGUACUUCCAAGUACAAGCUACAUAUGGUGCAAGCUUUUGACUAACUUUCCUCCUUACCCAUUGUAACUAUGGAACUAUGAUAUGGUGCAUGGAUAAUUGCAUAGUGGA